GCGGUGGCGGCGCAGAGCUCGUGCGCCCCGCAGGCAGGUCUCUAGCGCGCUUGGAGGCGCUCGGAACCCUGACUCUGCAGCCGCGCCCGCACAGCUCACUCGGGACCAGGCUCUUUUCUCUUCCUUUUACUUUCGUCCUUCUGAGAUGACGACUCCGUGCGCGGCGGGAGCUGCCCGGGUCUUGGUCGCCUUCGUAGCCGCGGCUCUUUGCGGUCACCCUCUACCGGGAACGAGCGCCACCUUGAACUCGGUUCUCGUCAAUUCCAACGCCAUCAAGAACCUACCCCCACCGCUGGGCGGCGCUGCCGGGCACGCAGGCUCCGCAGUCAGCGCAGCUCCGGGAAUUCUGUUCGAGGGUGGGAACAAAUACCAGACCAUUGACAACUACCAGCCGUACCCGUGCGCCGAGGAUGAGGAGUGCAGCACCGAGGAGUACUGUGCGAGUCCCACCCGAGGAGCGGGUGCCAGAGCGCAAAUCUGCCUGGCCUGCAGGAAGCGCCGAAAACGCUGCAUGCGUCACGCCAUGUGCUGCCCCGGAAAUUUUUGCAAAAAUGGAAUAUGUAUGCCCUCUGAUCACAGUCAUUUCCAUCGAGGGGAAAUAGAGGAAACCAUUAUUGAAAGCUUUGGUAAUGAUCACAGCAUCCUGGAUGGGUACUCCAGAAGAACUACACUGUCUUCAAAAAUGUAUCAUACCAAAGGACAAGAAGGUUCUGUCUGUCUCCGAUCAUCAGACUGUGCCACAGGGUUGUGUUGUGCUAGACAUUUCUGGUCCAAGAUCUGUAAGCCUGUCCUCAAAGAGGGUCAAGUGUGCACCAAGCACAGGAGAAAAGGCUCCCAUGGGCUGGAGCUAUUCCAGCGUUGUUACUGCGGAGAAGAUCUAUCUUGCCGGAUACAGAAAGAUCACCAUCAAGCCAGUAACUCUUCCAGGCUUCACACUUGUCAGAGACACUAAGCCAGCUGUCUGAACACAGUGGACUCCUUUUAUACAAUAUAUGCUAUGAAAACCUUGUGUGACUUUUGUCAGCUCCAUCCUAAAGGAUGUGCAAAUUCUGUGGUUACAGUUAAGCAUUCCAAUAAUACCUUCUGAAAAUCUGGAGUGUAAGAGCUUUUUGUUUCAUUAUGGAACUCCACUGUCAUUGAUUGCAGUAAAUUACUGUGUUGUAAAUUCUCAGUGUGGCACUUAGUUGUAAAUGCAAAAAAACUUUUUAAUUAUUUUUCUAAAGGUGCUGCAUUGUCUAUUGUUCCUUUUGUUAUGUAAAUUUUUGUACACAUUGUUAUCUUGACUGCUAAAUUUUCUCUGUUGAAUGGAAAUAACUUGUUUAUACUUCCUAAAUGCAUAAUCCUGUCCCCUUUUAAUUCUAGAAUCUAGAAUGCACGGAGCUUGCUGAAUGACAAAUGAUAAGGUAUCUAAAGUUGAUCAAGAAAAUUCUAGCUUAUUUUCUGAACUAUACUAUCUCAGUGCUUAUAUUUAUCCCUAGCCUGUGAUAGUCUUU